CGAGGCGAGCUGCGGAAGGUGAUGUCCGAGGAGAAGACGCGCAAGUGCCGGUUGACGCGUGACCUGGCUGAGGCCGAGCAGGAGCGCGAAUCCCUCGAGAAGCGGCACCAGGAGCUGAUGCUUGAGACGCACCGCCUCAUCGACGCCUGCCUUGAAAAGCGCGAGCUGCGAGACAGUGUCAUCGCCCAAACAGCAGACCACGAACGGGAAAUGCUCGGGAAGCUGGAGGAGGCCAAAGAAAGCAUUUCACGCGAAUACGCGGCGAUGGGGGCGCGCCUGUCGGCGACUCGGCGAAGCUCUUGCGCGCUGCUGCGUUCUGCCGAGGAGGAGACGGAAAGGGCGCGUGCGGAGCUCGAGCGGCGCCGCGCGGCCCUGAACGAAGAGCUGCAGGUGCUGAACGGCUGUCUGGAGGCGACCAGGGCGGCCGCGGAGCACGAGGCGGCCUCGGCCGGCCGCUUCUACGCCAGGGUCGAGCACGAACUGGACCAGAGCUGCAGGUCGAUCGGCCAGGGCAUCGGCGUCGACCUGGAACUGAUGGAGGCGCGCGUGCAGCGCCUCGCCGUCCGCACCAACCGCGAGCUGCCCUUCAUGCACGCCAGGCUCGACGAGCUCAGGGCCAAACACGAGCUCAGGUCCAGGGAGCUCGCGCUAUUACUCAAACUGACCGACGCCGAGGCAGCGGUCAAGGUGGUCGACGAAAGGGACCAAGAACUCCAGGCCCUGGUCAAAGAGGUGGAGCUCGAGAUUGCCUCCCUGAGCGGCACACUGACCAGACGCAGCAGAAUGGAGCACGAGCUGAGGCAGCAACUCAAGCAACUCGGCGUCGUCCCUUCCGAAUUCGCCCUGCCAGUCGACCAGGACGCCGACGAAAGCGACGCCAACGCCAGUGGGGCAGACGCUGAAGCAGACGACCUGAAGACGGCGCUGCAGCAGAGAGUGGCGAAAAUUCAACAGAGCGUGAAGCAACUGGGCUGGAGCGACGAUUGAUUCAAAACUAAAAGGUCACGCCAGCCUGCCGAACGGGAAUUGUCAAAAUUUGUUGUCUUUUUGAAAAACUGAGAUAUUUUUUACGAGG